GAGCGGACGAACCCAUCAUCCUAGGACAGCUACUAGAGGAGGUCGAUUUAAGGGGAUCUACAAUUGUACCUCCUCUUCAAUAGCGUGUUAUCAGCAGCAUACUUUUGUUCAAGGUAAAAGUCUUACUGUUUUGACUAACGAUAAGAAAUUAUGUUGGGUCGUCUGGCCCGAGUUGGGCUGUUCACAGCACGGCCAGUCCGCGCCAUAACCUCAUUAAACCCAUCGACCGAAUUAGCUAGUGGUUCACUAAUCUGCAAGCGCCUAACGAGCACUGUCGAAACACCGAAAGAAGAGAUCCAUCCGACUAUUCGUAAGCCAAAUGCUCUCAUCAGAGAAAGCCUGACGGAUUUCGGCCGGUAUUGUGCUGAGUGUCUUCCACGGUAUGUGCAAAAGGUUCAGCUCACUGCUGGAGAUGAGUUGGAGCUCUUGAUUGCACCCGAAGGAGUUCUACCGGUGUUGUCAUUCCUAAAGGACCAUCAUUUGGCCCAAUUCACAAACUUGGUCGACAUCGCGGGAGUGGAUAUUCCCAACCGAAAAAAUAGGUUCGAAAUCGUUUAUAAUCUUCUAUCAAUUAAUUUUAACUCACGCGUUCGAGUGAAGACUUAUACUGACGAGCUGACACCAAUCGACUCCGCGUGCCACAUCUUCAAGGGCGCAAAUUGGUACGAACGAGAAAUCUGGGAUAUGUACGGAGUGUUUUUCAGGAAUCACCCUGAUUUACGCCGAAUUCUUACUGAUUACGGUUUCGAAGGUCACCCCCAGAGGAAGGACUUUCCGCUUAGUGGGUAUGUAGAGGUACGUUAUGAUGAUGACGUAAAACGUGUUGUUGUAGAGCCACUUGAAUUAACGCAAGAGUUUCGUAAAUUUGACCUCAAGACUCCGUGGGAAGUAUUUCCCAAUUUUCGCGCCUCAGAGGAUGUGCCGAUCGGGAAAAUUGAAGGCUCCGAAGAGCCCCAGAAAUAAUUGUCGUAGACAGGAUGCUUUUUAGAUAUAACCUAGCAUUAUAGAUAACUAAAAUAGUCAUUACAAGUGAGAUGUGCUAAUGGUCACCCCUUCAACUCGUAUUACGCAUAUAAUUGGAACGGGGAACUGUGGCAAAUUAAAGGUGAAUAAAACGAGUAUUUAAAAUACCUAUGC